AUGGGGAAAGUGAAAUGGAUAUUUUCUUUAUUUUUCCUACUAAUCAUAUCAGUUGGUGCACAAAACGGUUACGAUAAAAAUUACGACUAUCAAGGUGUGAGCUCUAAUUCUGGAGUCACAAAUGUCUCGAUCUAUGCUGGAAUGGCAUUCGACGACGAAAUGUGUUCAGCUGAAGAAUGCAUGAUUGACAAAUCUUGGACAUCCGAUGAAAAGUGUGCCUAUAUAAAGUGCAAUCAAGAUUCCUGUGAAGGUGGAGGUUACCUCACAUGGUCGAUGUAUGUCAAAUGUCAGUAUAAUAUCGGAGUCAGGGUGAUCCUUAUCAUUCUUGGAAUCAUCUACCUCAUCAUUCUUUUCGUCAUCAUGUCUUCUAUCGCGGACGACUUCUUCUGUCCAGCUAUCUCUGGAAUUGUCAGUCAUUUGAGAAUGAGUGAAUCUAUCGCGGGAGUCACUUUUUUGGCAUUUGGUAACGGUGCUCCUGACGUCUUCAGUUCUAUUUCAUCAGUCCUAACAACUCCAAAGCCAAAAGCUGACUUGGCAUUGGGAGACUUGUUUGGAACGAGUAUUUUUGUAACUACCGUAGUCUUGGCCAUUAUUAUUUUCACAAAAUCAUUCCGAGUAGCUAUAAUUCCAACACUUCGAGAUCUGAUUUUUUACAUGAUAACUCUAGCUUUUAUUGUUUUCUGUUUCCUGAAAUUUGAUAGAAUUGAGGUGUGGAUGCCAGCUACAUUCCUUGGAAUUUACGGAAUCUAUGUGGUGACAGUGAUCAUUUUUGGAAUAUACCGUAGUCAAAGAAAGAAGAGAAAUUUGAAAAAGAAGAAUCGAGAAUCAGGAGAUUUGUCUCGACCUGAAAGCGCUGCAUCUACUGUUCCGAUUUAUGGAGAGAUCAAAAAGAAGGAGGAAGCGAUUUCAGUUUCAGCUCUAUUCCAUUUUAUGAUUGGAUAUUCUCAAUUUUUGAAAAAUCUGACACGGGCUAAUCGGAAACGAAAAGAAGUUGGAAACAAUAACAACGACAUCAAGCAAGGAAUUGUUAAUAUGGGAUUCAGUGGUUCUCUUGAUUCCGAUGCACCACCAAAAAUUCAAAGAAUUUUCCAGCAAAACACUUUCGAAACUGACCUAGAAAGUUUGGAUACAUUGGAUGAAACUGAAGAUAGUGGAGACGAAGGAAGAGAGGAGGAAUUCGCGUAUGCCCAUCAUACAGUGUUCACAUCUCAUGAUCAGAUCAGUUUAGCUGCAACUGAAAUUGAGGAGAUUCAUUUGACAACUUGGAAAUCAUGGGAUUGGGUUUGGGAUCUGUUCAACCAUCUGAAAUCCUGGCCAAGUAGAGAGGAAUUCAGAGAAAUGAAUAUCCUCGUCAAGAUUGUAGCUAUCAUUAAGAUAGUUCCGGUGUUCUUCUUCAAAAUGACCGUUCCAUCAAAUGAGAUGAGUUGGUGUAAGCCACUUUUCAUUCUUCACUGCUUCGCUUCGAUUCAGUUUGCACUCUUCGCUAUACAAAUCAUAACCCUCCAACCGUCCUCAGGAAGUCCAGGCCUCUGGCUAUAUGGGCUCGGCGUGUCUGCAGUUCUCGCUUUGGUCGCCAUGUACUUUCUUCCAUUAAGCAAAGAGCCAAAGUAUUACAAGGAAGUAUACUCCUAUCUUGGUUUUCUAAUGUCAAUAGCAUGGAUUUACGCGACCUCAAAUGAAAUUGUUAGUGUUGUGACCAUGAUUGGAGUGGUCACUGGAUUGUCUAUGGAGCUUCUGGGAUUGACAAUCAUGGCUUGGAGUAAUUGUAUUGGAGAUAUUGUAGCGGACAUUGCAGUUGUGAAGCAAGGAUUUCCGAAAAUGGCAAUGGCGGCUGCAAUUGGCGGCCCUCUUUUUAAUCUUUUGAUCGGAUUCGGUCUUCCAUUCACUAUUGCAGCUGCACAAGGAAAAGAGAUUGAACUUCUGAUCAAUCCAGUCUACCGUAUCCUUCUUCUAUUCCUGGGAAUCUCCCUUGCCACAACAUUCGUGGCUCUUUUCAUCCAACGAUUUACAGUCAGGUGGCCUCAUGGCGCUGUUCUUAUUUUCAUUUUUGUCACUUUCCUCAUUUUUAUCUGUCUAGCAGAAUUCCAUGUUUUGGAGUGGAAAUAG